UCCCCUCCCCGUUGGCGCGCACACCAUGACGAAGAAAGACAAGAAGUCCUUCAACCAAAGCCUGGCCGAGUGGAAGCUCUUCAUCUACAACCCGACCACCGGAGAGUUCCUGGGGCGCACCGCCAAGAGCUGGGGUUUGAUCUUGUUCUUUUACCUAGUAUUUUAUGGGUUCCUGGCUGCACUCUUCACAUUCACAAUGUGGGCUAUGCUUCAGACUCUGAACGAUGAGGUUCCAAAAUAUCGUGACCAGAUUUCUAGUCCAGGACUUACGGUUUUUCCAAAACCAGUGACUGCAUUGGAAUAUUCAUUCAGUAUGUCUGAUCCAGAGUCCUAUAAAGGGUACAUUGAAGACCUUAAGAAGUUUCUAAAGCCAUAUGGUUCAGAAGAACAGAAGACUCUCAAAGACUGUAGUAAUGGAACAGUUAUUGAAAAGCAGGGUCCAGUCUAUGAUGUAUGUCAGUUUCCUGUUGGCUUACUUGAAGAGUCCAGUGGUGUGAAUGACCCUAACUUCGGCUACUCCAGAGGACACCCUUGUAUUCUGGUGAAAAUGAACAGAAUAAUUGGAUUAAAGCCUCAAGGAACACCAAGGAUAGAGUGCUCUAAUCAAAAGGGUGAUGACAAUGUAACUCUAACAGUUUAUCCUACUGGUGGAAUUGUAGACUUAAAAUAUUUUCCAUAUUAUGGGAAAAAACUGCAUGCAAGGUGUCUACAGCCAUUAGUUGCUCUCCAGCUCGGCUUUGGUACUAGUAGCACCUCAAGAGACGUAACAGUCGAGUGCAAGAUUAAUGGGUCACCCAACCUAAAAAACCGUGAUGAUCGUGACAAGUUUUUAGGACGAGUUGUGUUCAAAAUCUCAAUGCAUGCAUAGUAGGAGUCAGGAUGGCUCCACAGAGUAAAUGUUGUAUUGUCUGUCUUCAUUUUGUAUCAGCUGGACCUGACAUUCUAGAAUUUUGAGCCUACCUUAGAGAAAGGUGGGGUGGUACAUGACACUGGGGUAACAUCAUAAAGUGCUUCCAGAUCAUAGUGUUCAAUGUCCUCUGAAGUAACUGCCUGUUGCCUCUGCUGCCUUUUGGAACCAUUGUACAGUCACCGGAUAGGGACCAUGAACACCUGAUGCUGAACAUGGAGGAUGGGGGUCUUGUCCUGUUUUUAUGUGGUUUAAUUGCCAAGUGUCUAAAGCUUAAUGUGCUGUGCUAUGUAAAUAUUUUAUAGAUUUAACACUGGUUAACUGUCAUAUUUUGAUGCCAGCAAAGUUUUAGGGAUAAAAUGGUACCUGACCAACAAAAUGACUUUAUAGCUGCAAAAAAUGUGUUGUGUGGAGGUUCUGUAUAUGUGAGGAAGAAAAAAUAAUAAAUGUGGAUUUGAAAGGUAA